AUGUGCUCCAGAAAACGCCAGCGACGAGACAGCGACGAGGAUUCUCAAGGAGAUUUUACCGGAGACGUAGGGGAUGCCAUCAAUGAGAAGAUCAGACAAACAGAGCAAAAUGUGGGGUCUUACAUCCAAGGGCCGUUCGAUCCUAUCUUUGGCCAAAGAAGAGCGUUUCCCGUGAUUCUUGAUCUCAACUCGAUCGAUAAGAACGAGCCAAUGAACGACGUCAACACGUACCUGGCCAUGGUGAGAAUGGAAGCUCAACAGUUUGAGCGCCAUGGGUUUGACAGUGCGCCCAGAGAAAAGACAGAAGCAGACGUUGAAGAACCGCAUAUUGAACCCGAUCAGGACGGCUACAAAGCCAAUCCGCUACUCACAGACUUUCUAGUUGAAUUCAAAACCAAACGAAAAGAAUAUGAAGAGUACAGAUCAACUCUAACAGACAUUGAUGCUAUCGAGCUUCCCCAGACCCAGAAAGAAUGGAAGUACGUCGUUUUCAACAACGAGCCUACGUUUGAUAUUAUGGCUCAGCUGAUCGAGGAGGACGAGAUCAUCAAGCUUGCGGUGUAUUUCACCAAAUGGCUGAAUCGAGACGUAAAUCCAAGUUUUGAAAACUGGAUUUUUCAUCUGCUCUAUGCAAUCGACGACGUUCUAAACGCAUCAGACGUUUCUGUUCUACGAGCAUUGGCCAAAAAAGCACUCAAACAGGCCGAAGGACAGCUAGAUGAACGUAACCAGCUCAUCAUGGACAAAAUAGUCACCAUUGUGGGAUCCUUCUACGGCCAAAAAGAUCUACUCAUGUAA